AUGGAAGAACCCGACAGACUGUCGCCUGAGGAUCAGAGCCUGUGCUCAGACCAGAGCUCAGCAGGUCCAGCUUGGGCCUUCCUCCACAAGCCCAUCAUCUCCUUGGUGAUGGGGUCUCUGAUGUCCGCGGCGGGCGCGCUGCUGCUCCUGCUCCGCUCAGCCGGGGUGAGCGCGUCCCGGCCUGUGGCGUCGGCCUGCCUGUCCGUAGGGCUGAUGUUCGUGGCGGUGGGCCUGGUGUGGAUCCCCGUCCUGAAGGAGAAGCGCCGGCGGAGACGCCUCAGCCAGGGGCUGGAGGACGAAUGUUGA